AUGGCCCAUGGCGAGGGCCUCCGACGCAGUAAUAAGCCUUUGGAUGUUGAUUACCAAGCCGUUCCAUCGUGCUUUGAGGGCUUCGAGAUUCCAAGCAAUGAACCCCCACCAGAAACGUGGUGCAUGUUGAAUCUCUCCUUUCGAUUCUUUUUGCGGUGUAUGGACCAGAACAUCAACUUCAGAAUGGUCCAAGAGGGGUACAUGAAUGAUGACGAAAAAGACUUUGUCAUGGAGUGUCUCGACCUGUGCUACAUUGACCCAGAGACAACAGAUGAUACCCAGGUUAAUCCAUUGAGUACCUUGUUGGAUUAUGCUGCUCGAAAACUGAGCCAUUCCGUACCUGCACUUGGAGAGGUAUCCUUGCUAACGUAA